AAUCGAAGAAGCUCGCCGGGAGCGGGAGAGAGAGAAGGCUAUAGUUUUCAUAUUCCCGUUCUUCCUCUCUCUCUCUCUAAUCUCUGAUUUAGUCUUGAUUAGUUGUGUGAUUAAGGAGGAUUAAGGAGGAUUAAGGGAGAAGAUGUUUAUAGAGAAGUUUAAGGUGGAGAGCCCCAACGUGAAGUAUGGGGAGCACGAGAUCGAAUCGGUGUACCGCUACGAGACCACUGAGCUCGUCCACGAGAACCGUGAUGGGUCCUACCAGUGGAUCGUUAAGCCCAAGACCGUCCGAUACGACUUCAAGACCGAUAUCCGUGUUCCCAAGCUCGGGGUGAUGCUGGUGGGCUGGGGAGGGAACAACGGGUCCACACUCACGGCUGGAGUCAUUGCAAACAGAGAGGGGAUUUCAUGGGCCACCAAGGAUAAAGUGCAGCAGGCUAACUAUUAUGGGUCCCUGACCCAGGCUUCAACGGUCAGGGUUGGAUCUUUCAAUGGGGAGGAGAUCCAUGCUCCUUUUAAGAGCUUGCUUCCAAUGGUUAACCCAGAUGAUAUCAUCUUUGGAGGGUGGGACAUAAGCAGCAUGAACCUGGCUGAUGCCAUGGCCAGGGCCAAGGUUUUGGACAUAGACCUCCAGAAGCAGCUCAGGCCCUACAUGGAAUCCAUGGUCCCUCUCCCCGGAAUCUUUGACCCUGAUUUCAUCGCAGCGAAUCAGGGGUCACGUGCUAAUAACGUGAUCAAGGUGACCAAAAAGGAGCAGGUCCAACAAAUCAUCAAGGACAUAAGGGAGUUUAAAGAGAAGAGCAAGGUGGAUAAGGUGGUGGUGCUAUGGACAGCAAAUACUGAAAGGUACAGCAAUGUGAUUGUUGGGCUCAAUGACACUAUGGAGAACCUCUUGGCUUCGUUGGACAAGAACGAGGCUGAGAUAUCUCCAUCGACCUUAUAUGCACUUGCUUGUGUCCUAGAGAAUGUUCCAUUCAUCAAUGGAAGCCCGCAGAACACCUUUGUGCCGGGGCUAAUUGAUCUGGCUAUUGAGAGGAACAGUCUCAUUGGUGGAGAUGACUUCAAGAGUGGGCAGACAAAGAUGAAGUCUGUCUUGGUGGAUUUUCUUGUGGGAGCUGGGAUCAAGCCAACUUCUAUAGUCAGCUACAACCAUCUUGGGAACAAUGAUGGCAUGAAUCUCUCUGCCCCACAAACUUUCCGGUCGAAAGAGAUCUCAAAGAGCAAUGUAGUUGAUGACAUGGUCUCUAGCAACGGCAUACUCUAUGAGCCUGGGGAGCAUCCUGACCAUAUUAUUGUCAUCAAGUAUGUGCCCUAUGUUGGGGACAGCAAGAGGGCUAUGGAUGAGUACACAUCAGAGAUAUUUAUGGGUGGGAGGAACACAAUUGUUCUUCACAACACAUGCGAGGACUCUCUUUUGGCGGCGCCCAUCAUCCUGGAUUUGGUUUUGCUGGCUGAGCUCAGCACCAGGAUUCAGCUCAAAGCUGAGGGAGAGGAAAAGUUCCACUCCUUCCAUCCGGUGGCCAGCACCUUGAGUUAUCUCACCAAAGCUCCUCUCGUUCCUCCAGGCACGCCUGUGGUGAAUGCUCUCGCAAAGCAGAGGGCCAUGCUGGAGAACAUCCUGAGGGCUUGCAUUGGCCUGGCUCCUGAGAACAACAUGAUUUUAGAGUACAAAUGAACCACCAUUGAAAGAAGAGAGGGUGGAGAAGGGGGGGGGGGGGGGGAUCAUGGCCCUUUUCUGUUGUAUGUAUGGCUUUGCUUUGUUCAAACUGGGCCUUUUUUCUUUUUUACUUGUGUGGCUAUUGGCUUUUCUUUAGCUGAUGAAGCUCGAUCAGUGCAGGCAAAUCCCAUGUAUUUUUCAGCUUCAGAUUUAGUAGCCCUUAUUAUAAAUGGCCUUUUGUCUUCAGAAAAA